UAGGGGAACUGUAUCCCCCACCUUUUAGUCUCCCCUUCCUGAUGGAGGGGGUAUAGGAUGUAGAGAAGGAUAGGGGGAUAUGGAAGAUAAAAGAAGGACCAUAAGGAGGGGAACUAUGAUGUAAUGCUCUGCCAAUGAGACUUCCUUAAUUUGGAUAGAGGGUGGGGCAUGGGGUAGCUCAUUUACGUGACUGGUGGGAACAGGGAGGGUGGGAGGAGCAAUAGAACCUCAAGGAUAUAAUACAGAGACUGUCAAGACAAGUCAACACAUGAUACAGGAUUGCUCAACAAGAAGUCACAACAGGAUAUGGGACUGUCCAACAACAACUAAAACAGAAUCCGAUCAUGAUGCCUAUGUAGGUGUCAUGGUAUAUUCCACUGGUGCUUCAUGAUGCCUACCUUGGAGUCAUCAUACUGAAGGGGUUAAGCUGGAUACAAAAUGCAAAAUCUGUUCUUUUAAUCCCCUUCUUUCUUGUAGAUGCUUAUAAAGAUUUCAUGCAUUGCUUCUGGUGCUGGUAAUUGUUUCGUAUUGAAGUGAAAUGGUUAAAAUGCACAAAAAAAAAAAAAAAUUCAUUAGAUUUUGAUUCUUUGGACACUGACAAUGGAUUUAAAAAUGCAUAAAAAAAAAAAAUCAGUCAGCAAUGAAAACUCAGUGUUUCCUUCACCACUACCACCACAACCACCACCAAGACUGGGACUGGAGGUGGGAGGAUCGAGGGGUGUAUGUGACACAGCCUUACUCCAUGGAGGUGAAGGCACAAGUAUGUGGUAACCACCAGAUAUCUCGGAUCGUCUCCCACACUGACCCACUCAACGUGACCCUGACUGAUGAUGCCAUGUCUGCCCAGGUGAGCCAGGACGGAGGGUUCAGCUGCGACCACGACUGGAGCAUGCUGGUGUACUACAGGAGUGCCUAACGGCCCCACCUGUUGCGGGAGACCGGUGAACGCUCUGCCACUGGGAUCAUGAAGGAUGACCUGCUCAUGCUGAACCUCUUCCCAGAGGUGCCCACCAACACCUACUCCAGCAGGAAUGAGAUUAUCUUUGUCAUCGACCGCUCAGGAAGCAUGCAUGGGGAAAAGAUAGAGAGUGCCCGGGCAACACUUCUUCUGUUCCUGAAGAGUCUGCCUCUGGGUUGCCUCUUCAACAUUGUCAGCUUCGGCUCAUCCUUCUCAGUGCUCUUCAAGAAGGGGAGUCGUGUGUACUCAGAGGCAACGCUGCGUGAGGCAUGCCAGCUGCAGGCCGCGAUGAAAGCCGACAUGGGGGGCACAGAAAUCCUGGCGCCACUCAAGGACAUCUAUGACAAGCCACCCAUACCUGGCUACUCAUGACAGAUUUAAGGUACAUGUCGCAUUCUUACUCACAGCAGCAGCGUGAUUUGUCCGAGAGGGAAAAACAAAGAAAAGAAAAUGUGAAAAAUGUUAAAAAUAUAUCUUUCAAGAGAAAGAAAAAUUAAAAACGUGAAAAUGUGAAUAAAAGUAAAAAAUAAAGAAGAAAAAUAAGAUAUUGUAAUACAAUUAUGUAUGUGUGUGAAAACCGUAACGUAAAAAAUAAAACAGAAAAAAGGAAAUAAAAAAAAAAUAGUAAAAUGAUGUAUAUCAAUGGGAAAAACGGAACUUGAAAAGGACAAAAAAAAAAGGAAAAAAAAAAUUCAAAAUUAUUGAAGCAUGUGUGAAAAAAAAAGUUAAUUUGAUGAAGAGGAUAAAUUAGCUUUUUUUCCUGCAUAAACUUGAGCCUUGCUUUUCAUGCGGCAAGAAAAACAAAGUAAAACAAUGGACGUGUUUGUAAAAAAAAAAUGCAAAGAAAAAGAAAAAAAAAUGUAACAAUUAUGGAUGGAUUCAUCCAAGAGAAUGAAAUUACACGAAGGAAAACGAAAAUACGAAGAAAUGUCAAAAAGAUAUGUGAAGAAAAUCAUUAAAUAAAAAAACGCUAAAAAGAAAAAAAAAAUAAGAAAAAGAAGAAGAAUAUUAUAUAAUAAAAUUAUGUAUAUAAGUGUGAAAACCGUAGCUUGU